CACACGGAUCCGUACAUAGUGGUAAGAUAUUGUACAUAAUAUUCUUGACACAGCUAUCGGCUAGUUUGCCAACUACUCACCACGGAAAUAGCUGGUUAUUUGUGUUACGACCGAACCAUACACCGGCGUAUUUCGGCCUAGUGCCGAUUGACGGCAUUCUUAUCAAUGGUCCGACCGACAAGAGCUGCCGAAUAUAGAGCUGUUUCUCGUUGAAAAUCGUUGUGUUCGUUGUGCUCUUUUGUUCUCUAUCUUGACACAUUUUUCAUCAAGGGAUAUUUGCCUUCUCACCAUUAGGCAACAUCCUUCGCGUUGUCGGGUCCUAUUUCGAACAAGAUGGUCGAGGCAGAAAAUUCCGGCCCAAAUAUGGGGGAAGACAUCGAAAAGAAAGUGGUGUCGAACGACCCAUCCCGCCACGAUGAUUUCGGCAUGAUCAAGCACGCCGACAAGAACGAUGCUGACGAGGCCUAUAAGGUCUUCGUAGCGCAAGGAGGAGAGUCCAUUGUCAUCACGCCAGAGGAGGAACGUCGGCUUCUUAGGAAGAUUGAUCUUAACCUCAUGCCGUUAUUGUGUAUUGUCUACGGGCUCAACUAUCUAGACAAGACCACAGUAUCUUACGCAAGCGUGAUGGGUCUAAAAACUGAUAUUAAUUUAGUUGGCCAGGACUACUCAUGGAUCGGUUCAAUGUUUUACUUUGGAUACCUGUUCUGGGAGUGGCCGACAAACCGCCUUCUUCAACGGCUUCCGCUGGCGAAGUACUCUGCUUUCAAUGUUAUAAUGUGGGGGCUGACAUUGUGCUGCAUGGCAGCUGUCAAGGACUUCGCAGGCGCAAUGACUGUGAGAUUCUUCCUUGGUGUGUUUGAGGCCGCUGUAUCUCCUGGGUUUGCCUUAUUUACCAGCCAGUGGUGGACAAUCCGGGAACAAGGAACCCGCACCGGUUGGUGGUUCAGCUUCAAUGGCUGGGGACAGAUACUCGGUGGGUUUGUCGCUUAUGGUAUCGCCGUCGGGACCGAAGCACAUCCGGUAGCCAUCAGGUCGUGGCAACUGGUAUUCUUGGUCAUCGGUCUCUUCACCGCUUUUAUGGGAGUUAUUUUUCUGUGGUGGAUGCCCGACAAUCAGAUGAAUGCUCGCUUUCUUACUCCAAAAGAGCGCCUCAUGGCCGUAGAGCGGAUCAGAAUUAAUCAGCAAGGCGUUGGCAACAAACAUUUCAAGUGGUACCAGUUUAAGGAAGCUGCGACAGACCCUAUGGUCUGGGCAUUUGUAUUUUUCAGUGUGGUCGCAGAUAUUCCGAAUGGUGGCAUAUCAAACUUCUUUUCUCAGUUGAUUGUGUCCUUCGGUUACACAAACACUCAGUCACUGUUACUUGGCACUCCGGGAGGUGCUGUUGAGGUCGUGGCAUUGGUCGUCGCUGGCCAUCUAGGUGAUCGCUUCAGGAACAGACUUCUUAUAUCGACAUCUGGAAUGAUAAUCGCGGCAAUUGGCAUGCUUUUGAUUACUUGUCUUUCCGAAGAGCACAAUGUGGGCCGCUUAGUCGGUUAUUAUCUUACGCAAGCAUCUCCAACCCCAUUUGUGGCUCUUCUGUCGCUCAUAUCUACCAACGUCGCCGGGUGGACAAAAAAGACCACUGUUGCCGCGAUGUAUCUUAUCGGCUAUUGUAUUGGUAACAUCAUUGGUCCUCAGGUUUUUCGAAGUAAGGAUGCACCGCAAUACCGUCCUGCCGAAAUCACAAUCAUUGUCUGCUACUUUGUAUGUGUGCUUGACAUUCUCUUCAUAUACUUCUGGUGUAAGCGAGAGAACAACAGAAAGGCGGCUAUUCGGGCCGCUCCGGGAUAUCAGAAGCUUGAUGGCCAGGAGUUUUUGGAUCUGACGGAUAGGGAGAACCCAGAGUUUGUCUAUAGUCUGUAGCAAUUGCUUAUGAGUUCCAAUAGAAACUUGUUCUGGCACUACCUUUUAGUUGAACAUUUUAAUGAAGUAUAU